AUGAAAACACAAUCAUCCCAAUUAAAAGUCUUGGGCAUUGACAUCGAGCUAAUAAGGACACUACUUAAGGUGAUUAUCUUGAUUUCAAUCGCCGGGGCCGCUAUAUCGUCACGUUUAUUUUCAGUCAUUAGAUUUGAAUCGAUUAUCCAUGAGUUUGACCCAUGGUUCAAUUUCAGAGCUACUAAGUACUUGGUAACACAUUCAUUUUAUGAAUUCUUAAACUGGUUUGAUGAUAGAACAUGGUACCCUUUGGGAAGAGUCACUGGGGGUACGCUAUAUCCUGGAUUGAUGGUAACUUCGGGUGCUAUAUGGCAUGUGUUGAGAGAAUGGUUGAGUUUACCGGUUGAUAUUAGAAACAUUUGUGUCAUGUUGGCCCCCGUGUUUAGUGGAUUGACAGCAAUUGCUACUUAUUUCUUGACCAAGGAGAUGAAGGACUCGAAUGCUGGAUUAUUGGCAGCAAUAUUUAUGGGAAUUGCGCCUGGUUAUAUUUCUAGAUCAGUUGCUGGAUCAUAUGAUAAUGAAGCUAUUGCAAUUACGUUGUUGAUGGCUACGUUUUAUUUCUGGAUCAAGUCAAUGAAGUUGGGUUCCAUAUUUUACGCGACGUUGACCGCAUUGUUUUAUUUUUACAUGGUUAGUGCUUGGGGUGGCUAUGUGUUCAUUACCAACUUGGUUCCAUUGCAUGUGUUUGUAUUGUUGUUGAUGGGCAGAUAUAACCCUAAAUUGUACACUGCCUACACCACAUGGUACGCAUUGGGGACUUUGGCAAGUAUGCAGAUUCCGUUUGUGGGAUUUUUGCCAAUUAGAUCAAAUGAUCAUAUGGCAGCUUUGGGAGUUUUUGGAUUGCUUCAAUUAGUGGCUUUUGGUGACUACGUAAAAUCUAAAGUCCCUUCAAAGCAGUUCAAAUCUUUCUUGAUUGUAUCUGCUUCAUUGGUGUUUGUGUUGGGUGUUGGUGCGUUGUUUGGAUUAACAGCUAUGGGAUGGAUUGCUCCAUGGACAGGUAGAUUCUACUCCCUUUGGGACACCAGCUAUGCCAAAAUCCACAUUCCUAUUAUUGCUUCAGUCUCAGAACAUCAACCUACCGCUUGGCCUGCAUUCUUUUUCGAUACCUCAAUGUUGAUUUGGUUGUUCCCAGCAGGUAUUUACUUGUGCUUCCAGGAAUUGAGAGACGAGCACGUGUUUGUCAUCAUUUACAGUGUCUUGUGUUCUUAUUUUGCUGGUGUUAUGGUUCGUUUGAUGUUGACGUUGACUCCGGUCAUUUGUAUAGCUGGUGCAAUUGCAUUGUCCAAAUUGUUUGACAUAUAUUUGAAUGUUGUUGAUAUCUUUACCGAAAAUAGUGGGCCAAAGACAAACAAAAAGUUGCCAAUUGCUGCAUUGGUGUCGAAAUUGAUUGUCUUGUUAUCGUUUGCAUUCUACUUGUUCUACUUUGUUAUGCAUUGUACUUGGGUCACCUCGAAUGCGUACUCAUCGCCUUCCGUCGUGCUUGCUUCUCGUGCCGCAGAUGGAUCACAGAUUCUUAUUGAUGAUUAUAGAGAAGCUUACUACUGGUUGAGAAUGAAUACACCUGAAGAUGCCAAGAUUAUGUCCUGGUGGGAUUACGGAUACCAAAUUGGUGGUAUGGCCGAUAGAACCACAUUGGUUGAUAACAACACUUGGAACAAUACUCAUAUUGCUACUGUUGGAAAAGCCAUGUCUUCACCUGAAGAUGUGUCUUAUGAAAUUUUGAAACAACACGAUGUCGAUUACGUACUUGUGAUUUUUGGCGGUGUUAUCGGCUACUCAGGAGACGAUAUUAAUAAAUUCUUGUGGAUGGUGAGAAUUGCCGAAGGUAUCUGGCCUGACGAGAUUAAAGAAAGAAACUACUUUACUGAAAGAGGGGAAUAUAGAGUCGAUAGGGAAGCAUCCAAGGCCAUGAAGGAUUCAUUGAUGUAUAAGAUGUCUUAUUAUAGAUUUGCCGAGUUAUACGGUGGCCGUGAUGGAGCCGAUAGAGUCAGAAACCAACAAAUUCCCGCUGAUGAACCUCCAGAAUUGCAUGUUGUUGAUGAAGCUUUUACGUCUCAGAAUUGGAUUGUCAGAAUUUACAAGGUCAAAGAUUUGGACAAUGUCGGUAGAGACUUGAACCAAGCUACCAAGUUCGACAAAUCCGUGGGAAAGAAGAACAGAUUGGUCAAAAGACCGAGCUUGGAUAUUAGAGAGUGA